AUGGCUUUGAUUAUUUUACUCUUGCUUUUAUCUCAUAUGGUUUGGAAAUGUGAUAUGAAAAAUUGCAUUAUUAGUGAUCCUCUCCCUAUUUCUCACAACUAUUUUCAACCUGGUGAUCUCAUUAUUGGUGCCAUUAGUUCUCUUAUAUUCAUGGUUACAGAACUAGAAAGCUUCUUGGAAGAUCCCCAUCUUUCAUUUAUUGGUGAACCCAUAGUCCAGACUAAAUUUUAUCAGCAUAUUUUGGCGUUGAUAUUUGCUGUGAAAGAAAUCAAUGAAAGCCCUCAGAUCUUGCCCAAUGUUACCUUGGGCAUCCAUAUUUUUGACAGCUAUGGUAGAAAAUGUAUUUAUCAUGCCACAAUGGAACUUUUUUCACCUCUGAAGAGAAUGAUACCCAAUUAUAAGUGUGGCAUCCAAAACAAAUUAGUGUCAGUCAUUGGGGCUCUUUAUUCUGAAAUUUCUAUUGACCUGGCAGAUAUUUUGGGGAUCUACCAACUUCCACAGCUAAUAUAUGGAUCACAUCCAGACAUACCAGAUGAAAUUAAAUCCUUUUCCUAUUACAACAUGAUCCCAGAUGAAAAUAUUAUAUACCAAGGACUUCUUCAGCUGCUUGUGCAUUUCAAAUGGAUCUGGGUUGGGAUCCUCAUACGGGAUGAUACUGAAAGAUUUGUGAGGAUGACCUUUUCAACUUUCCCUCUUCAUGGGAUUUGUAUUGAUUUUUUAAAAAGAAUUAAACCCUUUUACAUCAGUAACUUAUUCAAGGAAAUAGAGGAGAUGAUAGAAAUAUUUUAUUUAUCUAUGAAUAGUAAAGCCAAUGUGGUAAUUGUUUAUGAAAAAACUCUUCUGCAUCUGCGGUUAUUGUUAUAUCUUCCAAAAAUGGAAACAGUGUCUGUAGAACCAAACAGUAAAGUAUGGGUCAUACCAUCCCAAGUGGAUGUUGCAUCAGUGUUUUACCAAAGGAGCUGGGAUAUUCAAGAUAUCCAUGGUUGCCUUUCCUUUUCAGUUCAUUCCAAUGAAAUUCCAGGUUUUCAGCAAUUUGUUCAGGCAAGGGACCAUUUCUUAUCAAAAGAAGAUGGAUUUAUCAAAGAUGUGUGGGUACAUGCAUUUGAAUGUGCCUUUCCCAGUCACUUUAUGGAUGAGAAAGAUAGUAACAUUUGCAAUCUGAAGGAGAAAUUGGAAAAGCUUCCUGGAGCUUUUUUUGAAAUGAGCAUGACUGGCUACAGUUAUAAUAUAUACAAUGCAGUUCAUGCUAUAGCUCAUGCUUUACAUAACAUGCAGUUUGAACAAAAAGACAGUGGAAUGCUGAAUAGAAGGAAAUUGAAUAUUCAGGAGGAACAGUCAUGGCAGCUCCACCAAUUUCUGAAAGGGGUCUCAUUUAAUAACAGUGCUGGAAAUCGGAUUCAGUUCAAUCAGAGGAAGGAAAUGAUAGUUGGAUUUGAUAUUAUAAACUGGGUCACCUUCCCAAACCAAUCAUUUGAUCGAGUAAAAGUAGGGAAACUAUAUCCAGGGAUUAAAGAGGAAAAAUUCACCAUUCAUGAUGAAGCUAUUACCUGGCACAGCAGUUUCAACCAAGAAGCAAUUAAGAGACUACAGCAAAUACUUCAGUGUCCCACUGAAAUAAUGUCAACAUGGUCUGAGACUAAAAUAUUUUCCAGUUUAGAAGAAACAAGUGUGCUUAUACAAUUAGUAGAACAGAAAAAAAAGAGUAAUUCCUUAAUAACUUCCACAAUGAUGGUCUUACCUGUUUCAGUGUGUACUGAGAGCUGCCUCCCUGGUUAUUUCAAACAAAAGCAGGAAGGGGAGCCAUUUUGCUGCUAUGAUUGUCUUCCUUGUCCCAAAGAGAAGAUUUCAGGCCAGAAGGAUAUGCAGGAUUGUUCUAAAUGCCCAGAAGAACAAUAUCCAAGCAAGGAAAAAGAUUCAUGUCUUCCCAAGAAAAUAUCUUUCUUAUCCUAUGAAGAACCAAUGGGAAUAUGUCUAACCAUUCUAGCACUUUUUCUUUCUUUCUGCACUAUGGUGGUACUGGGAACUUUUCUGAAAUAUCACCAUACUCCCAUUGUCAAGGCCAAUAAUCGAAAUCUUACCUAUCUUUUACUCAUCUCGCUCCUCCUCUGCUUUCUUUGCUCACUGCAGUUCCUUGCUGCACCUGGAAAUAUUAUAUGUCUUCUUCGACAAAUCAGCUUUGGCAUUAUCUUCUCAGUGGCCGUGUCAUCUGUGCUGGCAAAAACCAUCACUGUGGUUCUGGCUUUCAUGGCUACCAAGCCAGGAUCCAGGAUGAGGAAAUGGGUGGGAAGAAGAGUGGCACUCUCCAUUGUUCUUUCUGGUUCCCUGAUUCAAUCAGGAAUCUGUAUGGUGUGGUUGUUCACAUUUCCUCCUUUCCCUGACAUUGACACCCAUUCAGAAAUGGAAGAAAUCAUACUGCAAUGCAAUGAAGGCUCAGCUAUCAUGUUCUACUGUGUCUUGGGCUACAUGGGCUUACUGGCAGUGGCCAGUUUCACAGUAGCUUUUUUCUCCAGGAAGCUCCCCAGCAGUUUCAAUGAGGCCAAAUGUCUCACAUUCAGCAUGUUGAUCUUCUGCAGUGUGUGGCUCUCCUUUAUUCCUUCCUACCUGAGCACCAAAGGCAAAUACAUGGUGGCUGUGAAAAUUUUCUCCAUUUUGGCCUCCAGUGCUGGGUUGUUGGUCUGUAUAUAUUUUCCCAAAUGUUACAUCAUCAUUGUUAAGCCAGAGCUAAACAAUAGAGAACAACUCAUUAAGAGAAAAAAAUAA